GGAAUUGGGUUGCCCCACGGCCGGAGGUGGAGGUGGACGCCCCUGCCCAGCUGUUGCUCGUCCAGACCAUGGGGGAUCUGGGGAGACCCGCCUCUCCUGUUCAGAACGUCCCUGAAAAACAGAUCUCCGAGUCGAGAACGUCGGAAGGGCUGCAUCUGCAAGCCAUCGCAGGGUGGACGGGAGAGGCCCUCUGUGAAAAGCAUCGCGAGCCCCUCAAGGUUUUCUGCUGGGAGGACUGUGCCUUCAUCUGCUUGGUAUGCGACAAAUCCAAGAAGCACCGGGGUCACUUGGUACUUCCGGUCGAGGAGGCAGCUGAAGAUUACAGGGAAGAGAUCCAGAUCAAGCUACAGAAUCUGAAGCUGAGGAGAACGGCUGUUGAAAGAUCAAGCCAGGCUCCGGAGAAGCAAAUGACUGAGUGUUUGGAAGACAUCAAAGCAGAGAGAAAAAAGGUGGUUCAGGCAUUCCAGCAACUCCGCUUGUUUCUAGAAGAGCAGGAAAAUGGCCUCUUGGCUCAGCUGAGUGACCUGGAGGAGCAACAGGAUGAAAGUAGCUCCAGCUUUUCAAACAACAUUUCUUUUCUCAGUGACCUGAUCUGUGACGUAGAGAAGCACUGUCAGAGGCCUACGGGUGAAUUUUUGCAGGAUCUCAAGGAAACUUUAAGCAGGUGUGAAAAGGGCGAGCUCCUUUGCUUCCAAGAGAAACCUGUUAACCUGGAAAAAGAUCUCAGGGCCAUCUGUCAGCAAAGUGCUCUGUUAAUGGAAAACUUCAAGAAAUUUAGAGAAUCACUGAUGGACGAAUUUCAGAAAAGCAAGACCCAAAGGCUUAAUGCUGACCUCCUGAGUCAGACUGAUCAGCCCCAGACCUUCUGGCCAGGAUUGCAUAAUGAUGCCCCGAGAGCAGACAAGAAAGUCUCCCCCAGUCUCAGCAUGACUCUGGAUCCACGUACAGCCAAUCCCCACCUCUUCCUCUCCUUGGAUCAGAAGACCGUCACCUACCUGGAUCACGCACAGCCCCUGCUGGACAAUCCUGAGAGAUUUGAUGCCGAGCUCUUUGUGCUGGGCUGCGAGGCCUUCUGCUCUGGGAAACACUCCUGGGUGGUGAACGUCGAGCAGGGGCAGAACUGGGCCAUCGGCGUCGCCCAGGAGUCUGUGAGGAGGAAGGGGAGCCUUAGCCUCAGCCCACAGCAAGGCAUUUGGGCGGUACAGCAGUGCUGGGGCCAGUUGCAAGCCCUGACCUCUUGCUGGACUACCUUGUUUCUGCUCAGGAAGCCCAGGAGGAUCAGAGUAGAUCUGGAUUAUGAAGGAGGGUGGGUGGCCUUUUUCGAUGCCGAGCUGGAUGCUCCAAUUUUUACUUUUCCACCUGCCUCCUUCAAGCAAGAGAGGAUCCACCCUUGGUUCUGGGUGGCCUCUGGAUCUCAGCUCACCUUAUGCCCCUGAGAUUAUUCCAGGCGCUUUGGAUUUCAGCCAUUUGAGAAGUCUUGUAUAAUAUGGGACGUAAAGCGGCAACGUGACAAUUGUUUGGAAGUAUUUUGGUUAAUCAUGUCAGCAGAGAAAUGACUUAUUUUCUGUUUUGAAUUCCUAGUGAAGGCACUAAACGUUACUGAAAGCACCAGUCAGGGAUAUACCGAGUUUUAAUGGAAGGAGUUGCAAUUGUACAAACUGGCUUUUGACUAGCAGAAAGCUCUGAUGGAAGAAAAAAUAAAAAGAAGCUAUUUGGAAAUGCUUACAUACGGUAGUUGGACACACUCAUCUCCCAGGAGAAUUGUUCUCCCAUACCAUUCUGUAGCAAGAGUGCAAAAUAAAAUAAAUGUGCUGGAGGAGCAUGCCUAAGCAAAACAUAAAACAUGUUUCUAGUCCUCUUGGCUGCGUUUAGGAAAAAUUGUGAGAUGGCAGUUUUCAUUAAGAAUUUAGAAUCAAACGGACGGCUGCCUGUCUUUUUGGCAAAUCUGAAGUCAAAGCCUUCAACAGAGAAAUUUCUGGGACAUUGCAGAUAAUGUAUAUUCCCAUCUCCCUCUCCUCACACUGGGGACAGAAGAGCUUUGAGUCUUGAAACUCCCUCACCCUUCCCCUCCACUCAUUUUCUUCUGCUGUAGAGGCUUCCUAUGUCUAUUCCAGUGACAAGAUUCCUGUGUGAAGUAAGUUGCAUCUCAACUAAUAGCAGAAUUUGCUUUCUUUUUACAACUAUUCUUAGGAUGUCACCUCUACACUGAGUUGGAAAUAACAGGUAAAUUUU